AUGGAUAUUGUAGAGGAAAUUUGUAAGGAUAAAACUGUGCGUCAAUAUGUUAAAGGUAAAUUCUUGGGUAAGGGAGGCUUUGCUAAAUGCUAUGAAUUUUAACAUGCAGAAUAAUCAUAUGCUAGUAAAAUUAUAAGCAAAGCAAGUCUUACAAGAUCAAGAGCUAGAUAAAAAUUAAUGUCAGAAAUAAAAAUACAUAGAAGCCUUCAACAUCAAAAUAUUGUUGGAUUCCAUAGAUAUUUUGAAGAUGAUGAAAAUGUGUAUAUAUUAUUGGAAUUAUGUACUAAUCAAACUAUGAAUGAAUUACUUAAAAGAAGAAAAAGAUUAACUGAACUUGAAGUUUAAUGUUAUCUAAUGUAAAUAUUAAUUGCACUUCAAUAUUUACAUAAGCAUAAAGUUAUUCAUAGAGAUUUAAAAUUAGGAAAUCUAUUUUUAUCUGAUAAAAUGGAAGUCAAAUUAGGAGAUUUUGGUUUAGCCACUUUAAUAGAAUUUGAAGGUGAAAGAAAACGUACAGUUUGUGGAACUCCAAAUUAUAUUGCACCUGAAAUUCUUGAAUCUAAAAAUGGUCAUAGUUUUGAAGUAGAUAUAUGGUCAUUUGGUGUAAUUGCAUAUACUCUAUUAAUUGGUAAACCUCCUUUUGAAACAACUGAUGUAAAAACUACUUAUAGAAGAAUCAAAAUGAAUGCAUAUUAAUUCCCUGAAUCUAGUAUCAUAAGCAAUUCUGCAAGAUAAUUAAUUAGUAAGAUUCUUGUGACUGAACCCUCCAAAAGAUUAACACUUCAAGAAAUUUAAGAUCAUGAAUUUUUUCAUGGUCUUAUUCCUUAGUUAUUACCUUUAAGUACUUUAGCUUGUCCUCCUUCUUCAUAAUAUAUGAGAUAGUAUCAAAAAUAAUAAUCUACCAGUAUACCUAAAUUUGAAAAUACUGAAAAACGUCCUCUUGAUCUCAAAUAACGUCCUUAAUAUGCUAGCAUGGAUAGAAUUCCUCUACGUCCUAAUAUCGAUAAUUGUCUUAAUUAGAAUUAUGUCAUUUAAGAACCAUAAAUCUAUGUUAAAAAAUGGUACAUAUAUUAUUUUUAUUAUUCUCAGGGUUGAUUAUUCUAGUAAAUAUGGAUUAGGAUAUGUUUUUAAUAAUUUAUAAUGUGGUGUCUUUUUCAAUGAUUGUUCCAAAAUGCUUAUGUUAAAUGAUGAGUAAAUAUAUUAAUUUAAUUUUAGCAAAUUUAUAUAUUUUGAUAGAAAUGGUCAAGAAAAAGAAGGAACUCUUAGAGAACAAAGUCCAGACAUGCAAAAAAAAUCUACUUUGAUGAUUCAUUUUAAAGGAUAUUUAAUUGAAAAUGAAAUUGUUAGUGAAACUGAUCAAUAGUUUUGGUAACAAAUUUAUGUUAAAAAAUGGAUGAAAGCUAAACAUGCUAUCAUUUUUAGAUUGUCAGAUAAGACUGUCUAAGUUAUUUUUAAUGAUAAUUCUCAAAUUAUUCUAACCUAAUAAUUAAAGGUCGUUACUUAUAUUGAUAAAGAAUUAGUUAAAUCAACCUUUAUGUUGAACACUGCUUUAGAAAGUGAAAAUAAUUAAAUGGUUAAAAGACUCAAAUAUACUAAGGAAAUUUUAAGUUAGAUGCUUAGUGGUACUAAUAAUAAUAAUGGAAUCUCUUCUUAAAUAGAUGUUUAAUAACCAAAACCAUUAUAAGAAAGGGCUAAUACCUUAACUUCGUUAAAUUAGCAAAACAUUUAUAGUAGUACUUCAAGAUUGAAAAACUCUCUACAUAAUAAAUGA